UCGCCGUCUCUUUCUCCCCAAUCUCGCAACAGAGAAGACUAAGAGAAGCCACCAAGAUCCCAUCUAUAAAUACCACCACCGCCGGUAAUCUUCCACCUCGCCUUCGUCUCCGCCGAUUUGUCUCCACCCACCCACCUCACUCCUCUCCGCCGGCCGGUCCAUUCAGAGGCACGAAAUGGCCGUGACGGAGCUGCCGGAGGCCGGGUCAUCCCCGCAGGAGCAGGCGACGGAGGCGACGGCGCCGCCCAGGCCCGGCCUGCGGUACAACUCGCCGCUGGUCCAGGUGUCGCUGAUCGGGCUGGUGUGCUUCUGCUGCCCGGGCAUGUUCAACGCGCUGUCCGGGCUGGGCGGCGGCGGGCAGUUCGACCACACCACGGCCGACAACGCCAACACGGCGCUCUACGCCUGCUUCGCCGUCUUCGGCGUCCUCGGCGGCGCCGCCCACAACCUGCUCGGCCCGCGCCUCACGCUCCUCCUCGGCACCCUCACCUACCCGCUCUACGCCGCCUCCUUCCUCUACUACAACCACCGAAAGUCACAGGUUUUCCCCAUCACGGCCGGCGCGCUCCUCGGCGCCGGCGCGGGCCUGCUCUGGGCGGCGCAGGGCGCCAUCAUGACCUCCUACCCGCCGCCCAACCGCCGGGGCAGCUACAUCUCGCUCUUCUGGUGCCUCUUCAACCUCGGCGGCGUGCUCGGCGGCCUCCUCCCCUUCUCCUUCAACUACACCCGCACGGACGCGGGCAGCGUGAACGACGCCACCUACGCGGCCUUCAUCGCCUUCAUGCUCCUCGGCGCCGCGCUCACCUUCCUCGUCCUGCCGCCCGCCAGGAUCGUGCGCGACGACGGCACGCGCGCCACCAGGGUGACCUACUCCUCGGUGUCCACGGAGGGGUGGGAGAUCCUCAAGCUGUUUGCCAACUGGAGGAUGCUGCUCAUCCUGCCGGCGGCAUGGGCCAGCAACUUCUUCUACACCUACCAGUUCAACAACGUCAAUGGCCUCCUCUUCACCCUCAGGACCAAGGGCCUCAACAACGUCUUCUACUGGGGCGCGCAGAUGCUCGGCUCCGCCGGCAUCGGAUACUUCCUCGACUUCGGCUUCGCCAGCCGCAGGAAGAGGGGCCUCAUGGGCGUCGCCGCCGUCGCCGUCCUCGGCACCGCCAUCUGGGCCGGCGGCCUGGCAAACCAAUUGAGGUACCUCGACGGCACCUUCCCAGACCAGAUCGACUUCAAGGAGGGACGCCGCUACGCCGGACCCUUCCUGCUCUACUUCAGCUACGGCCUGCUCGACGCCAUGUUCCAGAGCCUCAUCUACUGGAUCAUCGGCGCGCUCGCAAACGAUACCCAGAUACUAAGCAGAUAUGUUGGUUUCUACAAGGGGGUGCAGAGCGCUGGAGCGGCGGUGGCAUGGCAGGUGGACACCCACAAGACGUCCCUGCUGUCGCAGCUGAUCGUCAACUGGGGGCUGACCACCGUCAGCUACCCGCUGCUGGCCGUCCUGGUGCUCCUGGCCGUGAAAGACGAGGACUACUCCGUGUCCAACGUCGACGACGCCGGCAAGGAGAAAGACACCAAGAUGGCCGCGCCGUCAAGCUUCCACUGAGGAGAGCUCGCUAGUGUUUUCUCAGUCCUUCAUCAGCGUGUUCGUCUGCAGCGAUCGUCUUGCGAGUGCAGUGGUGCAGGCGCGAGUGCUCUAGCUGCUCGAUCGCCGCGCAAUCUUCGCGUCCUGUCAGAUUGUUAAUCCGGUGUGUGAUCUUCGUGUUGUGUCCAACUGUUACUCCAGUGUGUGUAUGUGUGUGUGUAGUUCAUGGCGGCGGUGGUGGUGUUCAUUGGUAACAUCAUGUGAUAAUUUUUUCUCUGUUUUCAUUGCCUUCGGUCCACUUAAAUUAGCUUCAGUAAAUGGUGACAGUACAGAGAAUACAGUUUCGUUGCUUGCUCAA